CGCUGAUCUACGGCGCGUGGAUGCUGGCGGAGGCGCUGUCGUUCGCGCCGAACUUCGCGGCGGCGCGGCGCUCGGGCGCGCGCAUCCUGCACGCGCUGCGCCGCCAGCCCGCCGUGCGCGACGAGCCCACGGCGCGCGAGAUCGACGGAUGGACUGCAAAAGGCGAGCUUUCCUUCGAAGACGUGGAGUUCCGUUAUCCAACGCGGCGUCACCAGCCCGUGCUGCGCGGGCUGCGGCUGCGGCUGGAGCCGGGGAAGUCGCUAGCGCUCGUCGGCGCUUCUGGCUGCGGGAAGUCCACGCUUGUGCAACUGUUGUUGAGGAGCUACGACCCUGACGCGGGAUCUAUUAAACUGGACGGGCAAGACAUCAAGUACUCGUUAACCCUUCGCCAGCUGCGCGCGCAGCUUGGGCUCGUCGCGCAGGAGCCGGCGCUGUUCUCGCGGAGCAUUCGGGACAACAUCGCUUACGGGGACAACUCGCGCGCUGUCCCGUUAGAGGAGAUUAUAGACGCCGCGCAAAAGGCUAAUGUGCACGCUUUCAUCGCUCAAUUACCACUGGGCUACGACACGGAGCUAGGAUCCGGCGGCGCGGCGUUGUCAGGCGGACAGAAGCAGCGCGUGGCCAUCGCGCGCGCUCUGCUGAGGGACCCGCGGGUGUUGUUGCUGGACGAGGCCACCUCCGCGCUCGACGCCAAUAGUGAGAAGACGGUGCAAGCAGCCUUGGAGGUGGCCUCCGCGUCGCGGACCACCGUGAUCAUCGCGCACAGACUCGCCACCGUGCGGAAUGCGGACACCAUCGCUGUUAUAGACAAAGGAGUGGUAGCAGAGAGUGGCUCCCACGAAGAACUAGUCCGAAUGCGAGGUAUGUACUGGGACCUCCUCAAGCAACAAGGCCCGGUCGACAGCGCGUGAGCCGCCAUAACGCGGCAGCCAUCUUGUGUCACGUCUAGACGCCAUCUUGUACGAGAUGGCGUAUGUCAGGCAAUUUUUGCGUAGUCAUUUGGUACUUUUAGUUCGACGGUUUCACGACAAAUAAGCGAUGCACUAAAACGUGUGUUGUCGUUUAAGUACAGAGAAAAACGAUGUAGAAAACGCAGUAGUUAGAUGAUACUGCUUGUAGAAAAUACAACAUGCCAUUCCUCUAAAUUACACUAGUAUAAUUUUGAAUUAUUACAUCUUACUAGAGUACCUAUAGACUUUUUUUCUAUAAACGAUAUCUCAUGGAUUACAGAGACUAUAUAAUUUUAAACAUAUUCAGAAUCUACCUAUGAGAUAUCGCAUUUAGAAUAGAGUCUAGAACAU